GUACAUAGGACAUGGAAAAGAGCUAUCUGAAGAAAGACAUGGCUCUCCCAGCCCUUACCUCCACAUGGGUGGAGGGGAUUUGCAACAAUUCGCAGUUUCAUCCCUUGAGAAGAGAGAUGAAGCAAUGCUAUCAUCAGAUGUAGUGCACAGAUAGAAAACGUUUCAAGAACUCUCCAGCAAUCCUGCUUUAUUGGCAAGGCACACGUGUGUGAGAGUAUUUACGUGAACUCAUACACACAGCCUGCGGGAGGCUCUGAGUUCUGUCCAGCUCUGAGAAGAACCACUGUUUCGACGCUCUAAUUUUGGUCCUUGGAAGAGCUCCCUGCUGCUGCCCGACUGAGCUCAUCGCUGACUAACAGGGCACAGAGCAGAGCAACGGGGAGCUUUGGGAACGCGUUCUUCAUGAUUGGUACGUGAAAGGUGGUCUUUUAUUUGCUUGUAUGAAGUAACAGCGCCUGCCACUUUUUGCCCUGCGAGCUACAGCCCAUGACGGAACAUUUAAUAGCGAGGGAGGUGAAAACAGAGAGACUGGGCUCUGAGUAAUCCGUCCGAGCUUCCACUGCCCUCCACUUGUCGGAGUUCGAUGCAGAGCUCCCACAGCCCUGCCAGCCGCCGCUCCAGCCGGCACAAGCGGCAGAAAGAAGUUCUCCCAGGUGGUUGCCCUGCGAAGCCGAUUACCGGUUAAAUCGGGAAAAAAAGAAACCCUUCUGCUCCCCUCUUUCCCGACCUGCAGGCGCAACGGGAGCCGGAGUAAGCCUGACAGAGGCGGAGCGGAGCGGAGCGGAGCGCGCAGCUUGCCCGGGGCUGCCGAGCCUCCUCCACACCCGGCUGCUCACGUUGGGUGGCUGCGGUGCCUUCCUCCUCCUCCUCCUCUUUCUCCUCCUCCUCUUCCACCCCUCUAACCAUCCACCCUGCCCGGAGCUGGCAGGGGCGGCCACCACCUAUCGCGGGGCUUUGCCUCCGCCUUCCACCAGCGGAAACUUUGCUUGGCGUCAACGGGAGAGGAUGGAGCCAGGGGAGCCCCUCAACCGGUCCCAGGAGGGGGCAGAGGUGCCCCGCGGGGAGUUCAACGCUUCCGGGCUCCCUGACGCGGAGGGGAAGCCCCUCUUCGGCAUCGGCAUCGAGAACUUCAUCACUCUGAUCGUCUUCGGCUUGAUCUUCACCCUGGGGGUGCUGGGCAACUCGCUGGUGAUUACGGUGCUGGCUCGCAGCAAGCCAGGCAAGCGUCGCAGCACCACCAACAUCUUCAUCCUCAACCUGAGUAUUGCCGACCUGGCCUACCUGCUCUUCUGCAUCCCCUUCCAAUCCACAGUCUACGUGCUGCCUACCUGGGUGCUGGGUGCCUUCAUCUGCAAGUUCAUCCAUUACUUCUUCACCGUCUCCAUGUUGGUGAGCAUCUUCACACUCUCGGCCAUGUCCGUGGACCGCUAUGUGGCCAUCGUGCACUCGCGGCGCUCCUCCACCCUGCGCGUCCCCCGCAACGCGCUGCUGGGCGUUGGGCUCAUCUGGGCUCUCUCCUUUGCCAUGGCCUCACCAGUGGCUCAUCACCAGCGCCUCUUCCACCGCAACGGCAGCGACCAGACCUUCUGCUGGGAGCACUGGCCCAAUCCACGCCACAAGAAGGUCUACGUGGUCUGCACGUUUGUUUUCGGCUAUCUUCUCCCCCUGCUGCUCAUCUCUUUCUGCUAUGCCAAGGUUCUUAAUCAUCUGCACAAAAAGCUGAGAAAUAUAUCAAAGAAGUCAGAAGCAUCAAAGAAAAAGACAGCACAGACUGUGUUGGUGGUGGUAGUGGUUUUUGGCAUCUCCUGGCUUCCGCAUCAUGUGAUUCAUCUCUGGGCUGAAUUUGGAGUUUUCCCACUGACUCAAGCCUCAUUUCUCUUCAGGGUAGCUGCACACUGCCUAGCUUACAGCAAUUCUUCUGUAAACCCAAUUAUAUAUGCAUUUCUCUCUGAAAAUUUUAGAAAGGCCUACAAACAAGUUUUCAAAUGCCAGAUAGGUAACGAAUCACCUCUGAAUGAUGCUAAAGAAAAUAAGAGUCGGAUAGAUACACCACCAUCUACCAACAGUACACAUGUGUGAACUUUAGAAAGUCCUGUUUGCUGGCUCUUCAGCUGUAUGAAUGAACGAAACUUCUGGAAAACAAAGCACAAUGAGCUUUAUCACAGCUUUUUCUUGAUAAAGCUAAUAGGUAUUUAAGGUAAUGAAGUUGCAUUUGUAGCAAACAUUCAUGAAACUGAUAUGAAGGAAAACCAGGCUGGUCCUUUGUAUUGUACCUUUGCCAAAUGAAGCUCCUGACCUUUGAAAGAUAAUUCAGAAACAAAACAAUGGUGAUGAUUUGUGUGUGUUCCUAUUCAUUAAGCAUCAUGUGUAUAAGCAUUCAAGUGUAAUAUACAAGAAGUAUUCGUUGAUAUGGAUAAAACGCUGAACUUUCUCACAUCUUACUCCAUAGAAGCAAAGAGAUGGCUAAAUUUUCUGACUUACAGAUAAUAAACACUGUGGUGGUACUACAAUUUCAGAGAGGAAAAGUUUCAUUCUCCGUUCAGGUUGUUUUGACAAUGUCUUUUGCCUUUUUAAAGCAAAGAUGGGAUCUGACUUGGAGUUGAAAUAACCCACGUACAAUUUGAGACAAUUGCUUUAGAGAGGCAACACUGAUUUUAUCUGUUCAGCUAUCUUUUUAAUGUAACGUGGUGAAUGAUGAUGUACUUUUUACCGCUUUGUAUGCCUGCCUUACUGCACACACAGAACUUUUGUGUACGCUAUAUAAGGUUUUGUUUAUGGCCUGUGUGAAGUUCUAUCAAAAUGAAAAUUUGUCUGAGGAAAGCUUUUCUUUAGCUGCUGCAUGUGUGUUAUGUGUGUGUGUGUGUUUUGCUAACUUUGCUGAGUCUGAGAUGGAAAUACAAUUUUAAAUAUACAAUAUCAAUAUAUAUUUUAAAAUCUUAUGUUCCAUAAAGAAAAUCCAAGAAACAUAUAAGUGCUUAAAACAGCAAUCCUUUAAAAGUUCUAAUGGAGGUUUGAUACAGUGUAACUCUAAAAUGGUAAAUUUUGGAAGGAUACAUUUAUAUCAGUACAAAGUGUGUAAUACAAAUCACAAAUAAAAAGUGGGAGGGCCUCAGCACUUUGAGGACAUAUUAUUAGCUGGAGUAUCAUAUGCUUUUAACAUUUACGUUCAUGACCCAUAGAGUCAUAGAGCAAAUUAAGUUGAAGGAAAAUCUUGGGAUCCUCUCAAGGCAGGGCUGCCCUCACAUCUGUAUCGCUUCUUGUCUAGGUAUGUUUUGAGAUUUCCAAGGACACAAUUCAGCAGCUCAUCAGUCAUAGCUGGGAUUUCCCUUGAUGUAGCUUGCAACCAUUUCCCUUUGUCCUCUCACCAACCCUUGAGAAUACUCUUCACUCUAACCAAACAUGCAUAAUUGUAGAUGACAAAUUAGAGUUUCUCCCUGUCUUCUCCAAGCUGAAAAAAUAAGAUGCAAAGUCCCUGGUCUUCCACUGGACUUGCUCCAGCUUGGCCAUCCCUCUCAUGCACUGGGAUGUUCCAAACAGGACAGCAUGUUUCAAGUGCUUUCCCAUGAGUAUUGAGUAGAGGGGACAAAUCACCUUCCUUUACCCCAUCUUUUUCUACAGAAUUGCAUUCAGCUUGAUUUUGGUUGUGCCUUUGUUGAAAUUUUUUAAUUUGAUAACUGUUGUCCAUUCUCUGGCUCACCAGGUUCUUCCAAAAGAAAACUUAGCACUCCAAAGUAUCUGCUAUCCCCCCAGGUUUGACGUCAUCUGUGGCUUGCAUUCUGCACCCUUGGUUUGGUCUUUGCUGAAGAUCAUGUAGGCAUAGAAUGGGUUAGGCUGGAAGAGUCCUUAUAGGUCAUCUAGUUCCAACCCCUUGAUGUGGGCAGGGCCAUUCCCCACCAGAGCAAGCCACCCAGAGUCCCAUAACACCUGGCCUUGAACACCUCCAAGUAUGGGGCAUCCACAGGGUUGAUCUGGGCAACAUGUUCCAAUGCCUCACCACUCUCAAACUUUCUUCAUAAGAGAGGUGCUCCAGCUCUGUAAUCAUCUUCACUGGACCCACUCCAAGAGCUCCACAUCCUUCCUGUGCUGGGUGCCACAGGCCUGGACUCAGUAAUCCAGAUGGGGCUUCAUAAGGGGAGAGUAGAGGGGAAUAAUCACCUCCCUUGCCCUGCUGGCCACCCCUCUGUGGGUGCAGCUCUGGAUGCAGUUGGCCUUCCAGACUGCAAGAGCACACUGCUAGCUCCUGUCCAGCUUUUCAAAGAUGUUAAAUACUGUUGGACAGAUGCUCUAUUGGACGCCUUUUUUUCCACAGACUUACUGAUCAGUUAUGGAGGGUGAGAUCACAUGAAAGUGUCUGUUUACAUGUCAGUGCUAUCUAAGUGGAAUCAGUAAAAUAAUAUUGAAGACAUGCUGGUGCACACAUCACAUUUGUGUCCAGUCAUUCAUAUGAAGAAGCAGUUUGAAGUUACUGUCAGGAUCACAGAAUAUACAAGAAAAAAAAAAAUGGAAAAGAGUUUAUCUAUAGUACAUCCUUUUCUGGGUUUGAUUUGAUAUUAGAAAAACACUCUAGCACAAUGUUACUGUUAUACCUAGCUUUUGGGGUUUUUGGUUUUUUUUUUUCAGAUUCCAAUCACUCAAGUUAUUAAGUCACUAUCAGACCACACUUGAGUUUGUAACAUAUUCAGUGAUCUUGAAGCUACAAAAAUUAUGUUUCUCCCUUUUAAAAAUUGCUUUCUAAAAAUUAUUUGAAUAAAAAAUUACAAUGUAAAUACAAGUUUAUACAAGUAAAAAGUUAACAUGGCGAAAUUAUGAUUUCAUGAGAAAAUUGCAUUUUUUCUUAACUGUAAAUAAUUUUAAACCUAGUGACAUGAUAGUCAGUAAUAGGACAUCAUCGGUUUGAAAUUGUAAGGAUAAAGGAGUGGAGAAGGCCUGCAGUAAGAACAUGUUUAUAAUGCCCUGUCUGAUUUCUGAGUGUGUCAGUAAAACUUGUGUCUCAGAGAUGUGUUAAAAUCAUUGGCCACUCCAAAAUUCAAUUUCCUGGCUAAAACAUACCCCUUUUAGUCAGUGUCUCUACCAUGGCUUUGGUAUAUCCACUGUAAGCUAGAGGAUGUUACAUGUAAAAACUGUUAAAUAAUGUGAACUGUGCCUAACCCUUGAGGAACUGGAGAGUUGUGCAGGGAUUUGUGCCAGAAACAUGGCUAAUUUGGGCAGAAAAACAGGGAACAGGCACUGAUUCCCUUGACAACAAAAUGCCUGACUACAAGGUCUGAGUUUGCUGACAGGUUAUUAUUUAUUUUGGAAGGCAAAGAAAAAGUUUCAUCAGACUUGCUUUUUUAAUAUGCUUUGUGACACAUCUGUAACCAAAAACACUAAUUUCAGUGUACACUGAAGCCAAAAAAAAAAAAAAAAAAAAAAAAAAAGAUUAUUUCUCUGGCUGACGCUGAAUUUUCCACUCCAAUAAUGCCACUGAAUUCGACUCUAUUGUAUUAAUAAGGCAAUACUGUUUCAUACAAAAAAAAAAUAGGCAACAGGAUGAUGUAAUUCCUCUCAAAUGAAAGCACUGUACAUACAUGUAGUUAAACAAUUACAAA